CUGUCAGAUUUUUUUAUCUGCUUACGAGGGUUCUUGGACUUUUAUUUUGAAGGUGAACUUCCUACUGCAGCUUCCUGUCUCGCAGCGCGCUGCAGCGCGAAGAGCGCAGGUCCGCGAGCUUGAACAUCAGUCGCAGCCGCUGGCCUCACUGCAGUGGCGCGCGGAGUUCCUCCGUUCACUUAUUAAUUUCGUUUGUCCGCCUUUGGCGUUUUUCCUGGUUAUUAUCACUUUUAGCUCCGCCCUGCUUUAUGUGACCGGAGAACCUUGCUGGACGUAGGUGUGAAAUGCCCUCCGCCGCCUCGCGCUGACCGACGACGAGCGAGGUGAAAACUAGGAUGGUGGUUCAUUUAAAAAAUUGACACCACGGAGACGCAAACGUCUUCUCUCUCUCCUGUUUUCGGACUAUUUUACGGGGGAAUUCAUGGCAUGCCGUGUCGCAGCGGGUGUCUGACGGCAGGUGGAUGGCCAACCUGACGGUUUCAGCCGACGUGUCCCCCCAGUCUCAGCCGCAGCUGGUGCAGCAGCCGCGAGAGCCCCGAGACAACCGGUGAGAGCCAAACCGCAGCAAUAAAAGCCGAGCUAUGCUUCCCGGAGUCGGCGUGUUCGGCACCGGCCUGACCGCGAGGGUGAUCGUUCCGCUGCUGAAGAACGAAGGCUUCGCCGUCAAGGCGCUGUGGGGCCGGACGCAGGAGGAGGCGGAGGAAAUGGCCAAGGAGAUGGACGUGCCCUUCUACACCAACCGGAUCGACGACGUGCUGCUGCAUCAGGACGUGGACCUGGUCUGCAUCAACCUGCCGCCGCCUCUGACUCGGCAGAUCGCUCUCAAAACGCUAGGAAUUGGAAAGAAUGUCAUCUGCGACAGGACCGCCACACCCCUGGAUGCCUUCCAGAUGAUGUCAGCGGCCCAGUACUACCCCAAGCUGCUAAGCAUUAUGGGAAAUGUGCUGCGGUUCUUGCCAGCUUUUGUUCGAAUGAAGCAGCUGUUGGAGGACGGGUACAUCGGAGAACUUCUGGUCUGUGAGGCCCAGGUGCACAGCGGCAGUCUCCUGGGUAAGAAAUACAACUGGAGCUGUGAUGAUCUGAUGGGAGGUGGGGGCCUGCACUCGGUCGGCAGCUACAUCAUCGACCUGCUCUCUUUCCUGACUGGCCAGCGCGCAACCAAAGUCCACGGCUUCCUCAAGACAUUUGUCAAACAGACCGACCACAUCCAAGGCAUCCGCCAGAUCACCAGCGACGACUUCUGCACGUUUCAGAUGGUACUGGAAGGAAGCGCCUGCUGCACCGUCACGCUCAACUUCAACGUCCCCGGAGAGUUCCGGCAGGAAGUCAGUCUGGUAGGGACGGUCGGGAGGUUAAUGGUCACCGGCACAGACCUAUACGGACAGAAGAACAGUGGUGGCGGUCCUGAACUGCUGCUGAAAGACGCCACAUCCCUGGAGAAGGCGUCGUUGCCUGAAAAGGCCUUCAGCGACAUUCCAUCACCGUAUCUCAUAGGGACAAUCCGCAUGAUCCAGGCCGUGCGGCAGGCCUUCCAGGACCAGGACGACCGGCGGACCUGGGAUUUGAGGCCUCUGACCAUGGCGGCCACGUUUGAGGACUGUCUGUACGCUCUGUGCGUGGUGGACACAAUCAAGAAAUCCAACCAGUGCGGAGAGUGGCAGAACAUUGUGGUGAUGACUGAGGAGCCAGAGGUCAGCCAGGCAUAUCUGAUCAGUGAGGCCAUGAGGCGGAGUCGGGUGUCGCUCUACUGUUGACGUUGAAGUGCCAGGGCAGGAUUGAGCUCCUGUGAGGUCUUUCACAAAGCUACUGGAGGCCAACUCAUUACCAUUUUGCUUUUAUACUGAAGUCUGUGUUGUUGCUGUUACAGAGGGUUAACACCACCUCAGAGCUGUCGGUCCGGCGCUCCACCCAUCCCUGAUAUUCUGAUUUGAAACUUGAAUUUCUAAAGGAAGCCUCGUCCAUUUCAGCUUUGUUUUUACAUUUUUUUUAACAGGUUUAAAUAAAUGUACCAAACAGAUGAGCCGUCAGCGGAAACAAAGCAGUCAGUACGUUUACAUGAAGAAUGCUGAGUCAUUGUUUAAAACUAGACUUUUUAAAUGAGCAGAAACAAACUUUCUAGUUGGACGAGUCCACGCUCUGCUUUAUCGUGAUUAUUCAAGGUGUUCCUGAUCUGCUCUAAACAUUAGGCUGACAUGGUUCCAGAUUCAGGUAGAGCUCCUAAAGUCCAUAUGGAUUCAUCCCCAAAAAUUCCUCCCAUAAUAAUGAUAAUCAUUGAAAGGGUGGAUGAGGAAGGUAACGCCCCUUCCUCGCUGAGGACAGUACCGGUAGUCUGGUUAUAAGCCCCUCCCCUUCUGUUCCUGUCCUGGGACGGGACCCGGAAACAUAAACACUUCACACUGUGGGUUUGAACCGGACAGCCGAGGAAGAACGGCGGCCUUUUCAAACGCGCCGCUCUGAUUUGCUGUUCGCAGAAUUGUUGCUACUUUUACCCGGUGAAUGUUAAAAUCCCGCUUUAGUCCGGCUCCGUUUUCUCCGUAUUCUCCUGUAUGAAACAAGGCAAAAAAAGUCAAUACUUUGGCUUGUGGGUUUCUUAGAGUUCAUUAAUGAUUCAGAACCUGGAGGCUCCUGCAGUCUGAGAUAAAGGAGCAGGCCACAUGCCAUUUGGAAUAGUGACAGUAUCCCGUACAGUAUUGAUCAGUCAUUCAUCCGUCUUCUAAACCUGUUUUGUCCCUUUGGGGUCACGGGGCUGCUGGAGCCUAUCCUGACCACUCUUGGGCGAAGGCAGGGGACAUCCUGGACAGGUCGCCAGUCUGUCGCAGCGGUAUUGAUCAAAAUGAUCUGGUGUUCAUUAGAUGCUUUUGUUUUGGUCAUACGGCAGCAUAGAAACCUGUGUUUGUAUUUAUGUCCAGCAUUCGUCUGUACUUCCUGUUUACAACUCUGUGCACAUGCUCAAAGAUGCUGAAAGGCUUAUGACUAGAAUUAUUUAAUUUGACCUAAACUACUCUUAUAUAUGAAAUUCAGUCCUGAGUGAUCAGUAUUUUGAAAAAAAAUCUCAACAUGUGCCACAUUUGCUGUUUUUUAAAAAACUGUAUUUUUAGAAGCUUUGGUUAAGUCCCUCGUGGUCGCCAGUAUUCUCAUCUCCUGAAAAUGGUUUCACCUGUUCACAGGAGAGUCACGGUUUUUGUCUUUUAUCUUUGAAAUCGGAUGAUGAAUUUAGUUGUUUCUUUCUGCAGUCUGUGGGACGGUGAAACAGAAUUUCUCAGACUUAGCCGCUCUGCUGCUAAAUCUCAUCAACAAAAACAGAUAAAUGACACGUGAGAAGAACAGGUUUGAUGAAACUACAAGCCAAAAGAUUGAUUUUUCUUUGAAUGCAUCUUUGUUCCCUAACCUGUGAAAUGCUGUCAAUGUAAGAACUACUAAAGAUGUGCAGACGAGCCUUCGGUCCACGUUUGUCUGAAGGGUCUCCAGUACUGUGUGUGUCUGACCUGAGGCCGUGUUUUCCAUGACUCUUGAGAUAUUUAUUGUGCGAUGUUGAAGUUUUGUGGUCUGACCCUGCUGUGUUUUGGGGUUUUUUCUUUUGGAGCGCUCUGCUGCUCAGCUCUGCCUGCUGACCAAAACAAUCUCUGUCUUGUGAAAAGCUUUAUGUUUGCUCUGACAGACCCCAACAUCCAAUACAGAGCUGGAACCCCCGCAUAUGAAAGCAUUCAGUCUGGAGUCUUUAUUGUGUCGUCUCACCUGUGAACUUGACUUCUUUAUUCAGCUUGAGAAUAAAACUCCACUGAUAACCUA